AUGGCACCAUUUAAAUUUGCUAAAAAACUAACAAAGGACAGAAAUAAAUCUUCUCCUAAGGAGAAAGACUCUUCAUCUUCUCAUAGUCCUUCGAAAUUUAUAAAUUUACAUCUCACGAACAGCCAUAACGAUAAUAGUAGUGCAUCGCGCCAGGCAUCGACAUCAGAACACACACUUCCUUCUAAUGGUCAAAAGAGCCCCGUUCAAUAUAUGCCAAACCAGAUUCCUCGUAUCUAUCCAACGCCGGUUCCAAUUGAUCAACGUAAUGUAUCAGGUGCGACAACACAGUUGUUCAGUGCUGAACAACAAAGAGCCGUCAGGGAAAACGAUUCUCCCAUGUUAGUCCAACAACAUACCCCAACUACACAAGAACCAUUUGUUAAAAGGGAUCAAACAGUGUGGAACCGUAUCAAGCUUGCUAAUUCCCCAUUUCCUCGUUAUAGGCAUGUUGCUUCGGCUUAUGCAACCGAAGAUGACAAGAUAUACGUUAUUGGGGGCCUACACGAUCAAUCUGUAUAUGGUGACACAUGGAUUUUAACAUCUGAGAACAAUGCCUCGAGAUUUAUAUCUCAAACUGUUGAUAUUUCAGAUAACACACCACCUCCAAGGGUUGGUCAUGCAGCAACUUUGUGUGGCAAUGCCUUUAUCAUAUUCGGAGGUGAUACCCAUAAAGUUAACAAGGAUGGCUUAAUGGACGAUGAUUUAUAUCUUUUUAAUAUCAAUUCUCAUAAAUGGACAAUUCCUAACCCUGUGGGCCCAAGGCCACUUGGGAGGUAUGGUCAUAAAAUUUCUAUAAUUGCCACAGCUAAUUCAAAGACAAGAUUAUACUUAUUUGGUGGGCAGUUUGAUGACGCCUAUUUCAAUGACUUAGUCGUAUUUGACCUGUCAUCAUUCAGAAGACCCGAUUCUCGCUGGGAGUUUGUCAAACCUAAAUCGUUUGUUCCACCGCCAUUGACCAACCAUACAAUGGUUUCUUAUGACAACAAAUUAUGGGUGUUUGGUGGUGAUACAUUACAAGGAUUAACUAAUCGGGUAUUUAUGUAUGAUCCAAUGAUUAACGAUUGGACAACUAUUGAAACGUCCAGUGAUAAUCCAAAUAACAUUGCCCCACCAAUGCAAGAGCACGCUGCCAUUGUUUAUAAAGAUUUGAUGUGUAUAUUUGGUGGUAAAGAUGAGCAAGAUACUUAUUUAAACGGCGUUUAUUUCUUGAACCUCAGAACUUUGAAAUGGUACAAAUUGCCUAUUUUUGCGCCAGGUAUCCCACAAGGUAGAUCAGGUCACUCGAUUACGUUACUCAAGAAUGACAAGCUUCUCAUUAUGGGUGGUGAUAAGUUUGAUUAUGCAAGAGUCGAUAAUUUUGAUCUUCAUACGUCAGAAACAAACAUGGGUAAGGGUACAAUCUUAUAUACCUUGGACUUGUCACAUCUACAAGAUAUCUGUCCAGGGAUACUUGAUGUACCAUCAGUGACUCCUACUUCAAAUAAGCAUGUCGAUAAGUCGAAUGUGAUUACGCCCACUACACCAACCAUUGGAUCUCAUGAACCACAAGGUAAACAUUCCAAUGGUUUUAUGAGGAAUGUAUCUGGAAAUGGGAAUGUUUCUACGAACCCCUUUGAGAACCAAAAUAUUUUAACACCAUACUCAAACCCUGACAUGCAAAAGACACCAAAGGAACAGCCGGUUGAUGCCUUUGACAGAAAUGAGAAACAGACCUAUUUCAAGGUCUCACAUACGCCUCAAAACGAACAUGUCACAAAUGACUUCAAUAGCAAUGAGCCAGAUCCUAUUUCUGAGGAAACCCUGCUGAAACCACUAGAAAAAACUGAAGAAAGAACGCUAUCAGAAACUGGAAGCCUGAGUCCAAUCGAAAAGGCAGAGGUUUUACCAAAAAAUGAGAAUAGAUUGAGCGAUCCUGCAGAGGUGAAAAGGGGGGCAUUAUUCACAGAAAAGCAGAAGUCAGAAGGUAGGGCCUUGAUUCAUAAUGAGGAAGCUUCACCUACUCAAACAUCAGAAAGUAUACAGACGGAACCUCAAGAGAGGAGUAGUGAAAUGGUAGAUAAGAAACUAUUUGAAACUUUACGUUUAGAGUUACAGGAUCUGAGACGUAUCGCAACAGAAAAAGCUGAUGAAGCAAGCGUUCAAAUAAAAUCUCUCGAGAUGGAGAAUGAGAAACUACUCGCACAAUCCAAGGAAGCCGUUGAUACCACCGAAGUACAAAACCGUUGUAAGAUCCUAGAAACUGAUAACAAUGCCUUGAAAGAUCAAAUCUUGGAACUGGAAAUGUUAGUAAAUGACAAAUUUUUAAACGUUAAUGUUUUGAACGACAUUAUAAAGCAACAGAGUAAAGAAAUUCAAAUCCUAAGAUUGGAUGAAAAUGAAAAAGAGAGAUUAUCUGAAUUAGAAAGAAAUGUUACAGAACUGAAUGACGAGAAUCAAAGGUUGAAAAAAGAAUUACAAGACCACAGACUAGAUUCCACUAGCAAUAUCAACAAUUAUUCUACUAGACUUGAUGAUCUUCUCGCAAGAUGGAGAAAUAAUCCUAAAAACAAUAAUUUUUCUGAGAAGGAGAUCAAUCAACCCCCAACGAAUAACCAAUUACAUGAAGAGCAACAUCUUCCAAACUCUAGCCCACGUCAUAAGACAGUGGUAGAUGAUCUUUCUAGCCAAUUAGAUCAACUCUUGAUCAAAAGUGAAUCUCUUAGCGAAUCUAAGGAGAGAUUAGAUAGCGAAUAUCAUGAUUUUAGAAAGAAACAUAGUAUAUUGAAUGAUAAUCUACUGAAAAAGCAAAACGAACUGGAAGAGAUCUCAGGAAAUUACAGAGACAGUUUGAUGUCCUUUAACAGUGCAAAUAAAGCUCUCGAAUCCACUCAACAGGAGUUAGUGAAGUACAAAGAAAUGAACGAGAAACUACUCAAAGAACUACAAGAAUUGAAAUUAGAACAAGAAGGAAAAAAGGACUAG